UGCCAUUAUUACGUGCCUGAUAAAGGCCUUAUAACAUUACACAGGACGGUAACAUUAACUGAUAACUUACGGUAUAAUAAUAUGAUGACAUCGCGAUAUAACACUUACAUAAUGUUAUUAGCAAAAUUUAACCUAUAAAAGGGUAAGGCUUUGCAUUUAACGUCACAAUACACCCAUCUAUCUCAUCAAGUAAAGAAGAAAAGAAAAAAUAAUAAUGGCUUCAAAGACUAUCUUCGUUUUCUGCGCUCAGAUUCUACUGAUCCAGGCUGUGUUCGGACAAUGCAACAACGGCCUCAACAAUCUCGGCCUCAACAACCUUGGCCUUAACAACGCUGGGCUCAACAGCAACCUCCUCAACUCCGGCUGCGGCCUGAACGGCAACUUGAACAAUCUGAACAACUACGUCAACAUCAACGGCUUGAACAACAACGUGCUCUCCCAGCAGCUCCUCGACACCAUGUCUUACGGAGGCACUUUCUCUGUCAGCAGUGGAUCCAACGUCAGCCCCAACGGCAUCCAAGUCGUUUCUGAGAACUUACAGUUGGACGGUAAUGUUGGAGUCCAGGGUAACAUGCCGUUGGUUGGAGCAGUGACGGUCGAUGGUCUGCUGCCGUCUGGUGGCCAGGCGUCGGUGGCUUACAACAGCGCUCCAGGAGUUGGUAUCAGCUCGGCUGGGUGUGGAAAUGGUUUGGCUGGUAACGGCAACAAUCUGGCCGGUCUUGGUGUUAACGGUGUUAACAACGGGCUUGGUUUGGGCAACGGGCUUGGUUUCAACAACGGUCUUGGUUUGAACAACUGUGGUCUGAACUCGAACCUCGGUCUGAACAGGCUGUCUGGGCUCAACAACAACGUUCUGUCAAGGCCUAACGGAUGCGGUCUGUAAGGUGUUGUGAAGUAGAAUUUUAAAUUUUUGAGUUUGUUUUUUGCGUUAUAAAAAUAAUAAAAUUUUGAAUUGAAAUAA